GGAACCUCUCAGGGAGCCUGGUCGGAAGCAGCAGGGUUGAGGGUCUGUCAGCUGAGGUCUCUGGCUGCCCCGUGGGGAGGGCUUUGCCUUGGCGCCCUAGCAUUUGACUGCAAAGAAAUCGGCGUGGAGGAAGGGGUUACGUUCUUUGGCCUGAAACUCCGCUGAGCAGACUUGUCGCCAGAAUGCUCCUCCUGUUGCUGGGUAUCAUCGUCCUCCACGUCGCAGUGCUGGUGCUGCUGUUCGUCUCCACGAUCGUCAGCCAAUGGCUCAUGGGCAAUGGACACACCACUGAUCUCUGGCAGAACUGUAGCACCUCUUCCUCAGGAAACAUUCAACACUGUUUUUCAUCAUCGGCAAAUGAAUGGCUGCAGUCUGUCCAGGCCACCAUGAUCCUGUCCGUCAUCUUCAGCGUUCUGUCCCUGUUCCUGUUCUUCUGCCAGCUCUUCACUCUCACCAAGGGAGGCCGGUUUUACAUCACUGGAAUCUUCCAAAUCCUUGCUGGUCUGUGUGUGAUGAGUGCUGCGGCCAUCUACACGGUGAGGCACACGGAAUGGCAUCUCAACUUGGACUACUCCUACGGCUUCGCCUACAUCCUGGCCUGGGUGGCCUUCCCCCUGGCCCUUCUCAGCGGUGUCGUCUAUGUGAUCUUGCGGAAACGCGAAUGAGGCGCCCAGACAGUCUGUCUGAGGCUCUGAGCGUCCCCAGGGAAGGGAGGAAGGAAACCAGAAAACAAAAAAAGAGCUAGCCAGAAAACCCAAACUCAAACCAAACCAAACAGAGAGCAGUCGGAGGGGGGGUUGGUGUUGAUUGAAGAUGUAUAUAAUAUCUACGGUUUAUAAAACCUAUUUAUAACACUUUUUACAUAUAUGUACAUAGUAUUGUUUGCUUUUUAUGUUGACCAUCAGCCUCGUGUUGAACCUUAAAGAAGUAGCUAAGGAACUUUACAUCCUAACAGUAUAAUCAGUAUUUUUGUUUUGUUUAUUUGUUUUGCCCAGAAACAGAAUAACUCCAUCUCGCCCCUUCCCUUUCAUCUGAAAGGAGAUACCUCCCUCCCACUCCACCUCAUUUAGAAAACCAAAGUGUGGCUAUAAACCCCGAAUGGCCCAAAGCCCUUUUACUGUGGGUGACCCGGUGCAUUCAACAGAAACAGCCACUGCCUAAACCUCUGUGCGAAGCCUUACGCGUGCACGGACAGACGCCCAAACUGGAGCCCUUGGCAAAAACACGGUUGUGGCUUUGGAAUACUUGCCCUUGCAGGUGGAGUGUCUCAGUCACGCGUCUAAAUCAGAAAUCGGUGACAACAAAUCUGUGAAAUGGUGCUAUGGAUUUACCAUUCCUUAUUAUCACUAAUCAUCUAAAUGACUCACUGGAAACUCAAUUAACAAUUUUACGACAUAAAGUAGAACGGAGACCUGAAUAAUUCUGUGUAAUGUAAAUGGUUAUAACUGCGUUUGUACCUAGCUAGGCUGCUAUUAUUACUAGAAUGAGUAAAUCGUAAAGCCUUCAUUGCUCCCACAUUUUUCUUACGGUCGGAGCAUCAGAACAAGCGUCUAGACCCCGUGGGACUGCAAGUGCCCAGGGCAUGGCUGGAUUUAGACUGUUCUGUGCCUCCAAGGACUGUCUGGCAAUGACUCGUAUUGGCCACCAACUGUAGAUGUAUAUACGGUGCCCUUCUGAUGCUAAGACUCCAGACCUUUUUUUUUUUUUUGCUUUGCUUUUUCUGAUUUUAUACCAACUGUGUGGACUAAGAUGCAUUAAAAUAAACA